UUUCUGGACCAGCUUUUCACUCUAUUUUUGGAUAUGAAAAAUUUCAAGAACUUUUGGAAGAUUUUAGUAAGUCAGGGGAUAUGUCUCUUGAUGCAUUCUGCAUUUUCGAAAAUCAAUACGUCAAGUCUCGUAAAUUAUUACAUGUUGAUUUAUCACCUGAAGCGUUAGAAGCAUGGCAACAAGUGCCAGAUCGUGUUAAGGCUGAGUGUAAAAAGCUCGCAGAAGAUGUAGAAAAAGGAUUAGGUUAUUUAAAGCGUUACGAAAAGGUUUCUUCAGAGUAUAAUGUAAGACACUUCGCUUAUUCUGAAUUUAAAGAAAUAGAAGAAAUAAACAAAGUAUCACAAUUUGCUAAUGGUGAAAAUCUUCGGUCAUAUUUGAAAAACAAAACGACGUUCGAGGGUGUUUUUGAAAUCGGUUUGACUGAACUUUUACCAAUUGCAGAAAAAAUUACUCUUGGACUGCAACACUUACACAAGCAAAAUAUUAUACAUAAAGAUUUAAGUCCUGAAAAUAUUUUGAUAAAUGAUGGCAUACCCAAAAUUUCAGAUUAUGGUUCAUCUACAAAAAUUGAUGAUAAUUCAUUUUCUUUAAGUGUUGGUGCUUGUUUCCCCAACUAUAGAGAUCCUCAAGCUUUUCUUGACAUAUUUUUUGAACCAGACUUCGCUUCUGAUAUAUAUAGUCUGGGAUUAAUCCUUUGGGAACUCUCUAGCGGGGUUCUUCCGUUUUCUGUUUUUAAAGACAAAAUGUGUUUAGCGUUAGGUCAUUACAUUAUUGAUAAAGGGUUCCAAAAUGAAAUUAUUAAAGGGACACCCACAGAAUAUUCCCUGGCCUAUAAACAAUGCUGGAACAUUAAUCCUCAAAACCGUCCAGGACUAGAUGAG